UAUUCAAUUCCUGAACCAUAAUCCUCCGGCUCCGUCUGCUAUCUCUCGGUGACUUGAGUCGUCUCGUAACCGUCGCACCCUCGCUUACUCGUCGCAUGUCUUCACCAAAGGAGAUGGAUGAUACAUCAGAACCCCCAUCCCCGCCAAAGAACACUUACAAGGAUCCCGACGGUGGAAGGCAAAGAUUCUUACUUGAACUCGAGUUCGUUCAGUGUCUCGCUAAUCCUACUUACAUCCACUACUUGGCACAGAAUCGCUAUUUUGAAGACGAAGCGUUUAUUGGAUACUUGAAGUAUCUUCAGUACUGGCAGCGACCAGAGUACAUCAAGUUCAUCAUGUAUCCACACUGCCUUUAUUUCCUCGAACUUCUUCAAAACCCCAACUUCAGAACUGCUAUGGCCCAUCCUGCAAACAAGGAGUUGGCACAUAGGCAACAGUUUUACUAUUGGAAGAACUACAGGAACAACAGGCUGAAGCACAUUCUACCACGGCCUCUUCCUGAGCCUGUAGCUCCACCACCACCAGCUUCUCUGCCACCUGCCCCGCCUGCACCUGCUGCUCCUUCUCCGAUGCAGUACGAUAAUAUGCUUCCUAAGAAUGAACCGAGGAAUAUGGUUUCUGCUGGGAUUGAUCGUAGGAAGAGAAAGUAUGUGCUCCUUUCUUCUUCUUCCUGACUUUUUUUUUUGUUUUCUUUUAAAGAUGACUUCAAAUUUGGAAAAAAAGAAGAAGAAGGAAGUAACAUUCUAAUAUGUGAGGCAUAUAAUAUCAGGAAGGGUCCAUGAGCGAAGCCUACUUGACUCAAGUUACAAGGCUGUAGUGGGAAGUUGUAGUACAUGGUGUCUGUCUUUGUCUAUGGUAUACAAUCCUUAAUCAGUAUUAGUCUGUCUUUAGUUUCUCUGUUCGAUCUAGGCUGUUGGAUUUAUAGUAAAUCGUAGUUUUGAGAUUGAUUCGGUAUAUGCUACAUUCGUUAGUUAUUGCAAUGAAUGUUCUAAUUCAUGCACAUAAUUGUAUUUUGCAAAGAGUUGGCAAUUUUAGAGUCACUUAUAACAGUGAAGUUGAUGCA